GUUUUGUCAACAACAAAAAAGACAAAAACCCCAAAUGAUCUUUCUAAAACUAACUGAAACAGGUUAGGCGUUUCAGUUUCACAGAGAAAAGAGAACAGCAGAAGGACUUAGUGCUGUAUUUUCCCAUGGUCAGUCAUGCAGUCCUGCAGUUUUGUUCCCUGUGUCCUGAUCUUACUGACCAUCACAGUCACUGAUGUAUUUGAAUCAGCUGUUGGUCCAGUGAAGGUGAAUCUUCAUGACUCUGCUACUCUGCCCUGCUCUGAGAGAUGCUCUGGUUUAGUGAGAUGGACUGUGUUCCACAAACGCAGUGACACUCUGGCUGAGUGUGAUCAGACUUCAUGUAGAUCAGUGGAGGAGGGAUAUCAGAUGAUCCAUGAUCAGUACCUGAAGGGAGAUCUCUCUCUCAUCAUCACUGAUGCUGAUUUCAGUAAGAGAGGCUGGUACACGUGUGACUGUGCCAGCAAGGACGUCUGUGACGUACAGAUUCAGAUUAAGCCCUUAAAAACUCCAAUUCAGAUAAAACCCAGUGAGUCUCUAGUCCUGGAUUUACACAUACCAGAUCCAGUGGAGGUGAUUUACAGCACCACAGAUGCAACUGGACCAUCCAGUGGUCAGAUCUGUACAGUGGAUGGACGCUCAACACAGUGUGAACCUGAAUACACACAGAGAGCAUCACUAACAUCUGCUCUUGAGCUGAGAGGAGCAACUUCAUCUGAUAGUGGAGUUUACACUGUAAUGGACAAAAGGAAUGAAGAGGUCAUUCACAUCUACACAGUGACCGUCCAAGAUCACUCAUCAGAUCUGGACACAGACAGGGGACCUCCUAUACCGGUGUGGGUGAUUAUAGUGCUGGCUGUGAUGGGGACUGCGUUUCUAACUGUGACUGUGGUAUUAGUGGUAUUAGUGGUGGUGAAUGUGAGGCUGAAGAGAGAAAAGAACACAGUCGAGACUAAUAAAGGCAGUGAUUCCACUGAAGAGGAGAAACUAAAUGUUCACCCAGCAGUGGAGAGAUCUUUACCACCCAAACACAGGACGUGUACGUAGCAGUAGUUAUUCACAUGUAUCAGUGUGGGAAGCUCAGCAGAGAUGCUUGGUUUUGUUUUGUAGAAUGUGGUAGCCGAUGCACUCUCGUGUACCCUGAUUAAUCAUUAUUUAAAACCAACAUGAUGUUUUUUUUGGUGGUGGGAGUGUUACGUCCUGUGUUUGGAUGCUCUUUCUCUCCUUUUCCCUUAGUUUCCAGGUGGACCUUGUUGCUGUGAUUGACGUCUCGGUUUUCCAGGCGUGUGGUUGGCUGCUCCUGUUGGCGCCGGUUAUAAAGGGCCUUUGAUGUCGGUGCAAUAUGGAGCGGUUUUCUUAUUCGGUCUCCCACGGUUCCGCUCCCCUGGCUGCCCGCCAGUCGACAGACCGAUUUCAUGGUCAUUUACUGACCUACAGGUUCCUGUGGGUCAGUAAAGAUGUGAUGGUAGUUUUUGUUUUUUUUUGGUUAAUAAGGAAACGUAGGGGUGACCUGCCCUUUAUGUUGACCUGUUGGACUUUGUUUAUCGGUAGUGUAGUGAGGGUGGAGUUUUUGUAGUUUCUUUUUCUUUUCUUUUGUUAGGUAAGUUAGUUAUAUUUCUUUUCUUGUUAUUAGGCUUUUUGUUUGUUGUUUUGGGCUUUGGGUCUCCCUGAAGUUUUUUCUUUGUUUUG